CCUCUUCGAUCUCGCCAUACCCCAUCUCAGCAAAGAAGCUGCCUGCUACUGAUGUUUGGAUUUGGGGCUUAUUUUGCAAUUUCCUUUUGAACAGCUCAUUUUUCAGAUUGCUAUCUGCUGCAGCAGCCUCUCCUGCCCCACUAUAGGAAAUGAGCCAUUUGAGAAGGAUAUUUGGGGACAGAGCAGUUCAAUAAGGGAGGGGAAAAAUUCCAGCAAGAAAUGGAUUUUUAGCUUAGCAGUUGCCAAACUGGGGUCUCCUGCCUCUCUCUGUCCCCCCGAGACCUCCAGCGCGUCACCGGCCAUCGCACCGGCGCCUGGCAGGGAGGAUGAGCCCUUGCGAGUGGUGGGUGCUUGUUGCCAUCUCAGCUGUCACCUUGAUCCUAUAUGGUCUGCUCUUACUGAUACUUUACAUCAUGCUCAGCAGGAAAAUAGAAAGCCAUUUGUGCACCCGUCGGGCGAGCAGCAUCCCUGCGGCACAGCCCCGGCAGCCUCCGACCACGUCCGCCACAGGGGAAGGGACGCAGAGACCGACCUACGUGGGGAGCAGCGACACGUCUUCAGAGACCUCGGAGGACUCAGACAGCAGCCCCUCCUGCCCGCAGGGCCCUCGCCCAGAAGAAAAUCUCAAUUACACAUCCCUGGUGUUCCCGGGAAAAGGCUGCGGGCCGGGCUCCACUGAGGACUACGAGAACAUGAAGACGGGGGCAGACUACGUCAACGUGGACCCCAAAAAGAGGAAAGCAGAUUUCUGGCCCUGCACCAGCCCCGUGGAGUCCAAGACUAUCGAGUACACCGAGAAAACCGCCUCGAGGGUGGAGAGCAGGAUCCUGCCCACCCGCAGAGCAGCCCCUGCCUCGAGUCGUCGGCCUUUGCUCCAUCUCUCAUCCGCACGGAGCCUGGAAAGCAAUCACUUGGAAGGAAAAGGUGAAGGGGAGAAGUGAGCUGCAGAGACCCAGCAGCUGCAAACUGUACACCAGGGUGUGUUGUGGGGCAGGGGAAAGGACAACAGAAACACCUGCAAACGGCAAAUGCGCUGUAAAUUGCUGGAAAUCCAGAUGAGACUAUAGACUAUAGCAGAGCUGCAGCUCAGCACAGGGCCAGGAGCUCCCUGCCUCUUCUCCGAGUCUUCAAUGCAUCUUCCCACAACCUGUGCAAUUGCAACGUAUUUCCAUUGCCUGUGUAUACAGAUAUGUGUCUCCAUACACAAUUUCACUUUUGUUUUGCCACAUUAAGGCUUUGACUUUCACUUACCUGCUAUUUCAAUGAAAAAUAAAGCCGCUCAUCUACUGUCAA